AUGGCCUCUUCCCUGCCAGAUCCCACCAAAGCACUAAUUGCGUCAAGGCUUCAUUAUUUGGAUAGCUCUUCAUGUGGAUACUGUGAUUGUAAGAAAGAAAGAAGCGGCGGCCUUAAGUCUUUCCCUGAGAAUGCAGAUGCACCAGAUGAAUCAACUCACAUCACGAUUGGAUGCCAGGUGGAACAGAUGACAUGCCAGCAAUACGAUGAUUUCAUUAAUAGAGGAUUUAGAAGGUCGGGUACUUUCAUGUAUACUGGAGAUAUGCUUCGAGGAUGCUGCCGAGCAUACACUAUCAGGACAGACAUGGAUCACUUGAAGAUCACGAAGGAACAUAGACAAGUUGUGAAUCGGUUCAAAAGGGCCAUUGGAUGUGAAUCAAAGACGAAGUCAAAGUUUGAGUUAUCUUCUCUUAUUGAAGCCGAGAAGAAAUCCACUCGCUUUCACACCCGCUUUGAGCCAUCUGGGUAUUCGAAGGAGAAGUACGAGCUCUAUAAGAAGUAUCAGAUCGAAGUACACAAUGAUAAUCCUGCUGAGGUGACCCCCAAGCAGUUCAAGCGCUUUUUAUGUGAAACUCCUUUCCCAGAAGUGGAAGUAGCAGGCAAACCAGCAGACUGGGACAGGUUAAAUAACUGGAUCGCCAAUUGGGGUAAGGAUUCUACUCCUCAUAAAAAGAGAAUCGGCCCUACCCAUGAAUGCUAUUACCUCGAUGAUAAGCUUAUUGCUAUCUCUAUAUUGGAUUUCCUUCCGACGGGUUUAUCCUCGAUUUACUUCAUUUGGGAUCCAGACUAUGCACAUAUGUCUUUGGGAACCCUCUCAGGCAUCCGAGAAAUCCAGAUGUGCAAGGAAUUGGGUCUUGGGUACUACUACUUGGGUUACUACAUUGAUGAUUGCCCAAAGAUGAGAUACAAGGCUAAGUUUGGUGGGGAGGUGCUAGACUUGCUGAAUGGGGCGUGGAUAGAUCUCGAAAAGGCAAGACCACUCAUGGCAGAAGACACCUACUUCACUCUUGGUGAAAGCGCUACCACCAACGAGGAGCCUUCGUUGUCACUUGAGAAGGACAGACAGCGUUGGCAGGGUUCUGUGACAGAUAUCAGCCAGGAGCUUUACGGAAAGGACGAAGUUUACGACAAAGCAGAUCAGAUACUGCGAUCUAUAAAGACUACCCACGAUGUGGAUGACUUCGAGCUCCCACAUGUAUUGCCGGGUGCAUUACCAAUGCCGAUUCUCCAAAAGACUAUCGAUUCUGUUCCAGAUCUCGAGGUGACUCUUUUCGUAAUGACUAUGGGACGGUGGGGCUCAUUCGAAUUCAGCGAUCUCACUCCAACGAUUAAGAGCUAUGUGGUAGACUUUAUCAGGCUAUUCGGUCUCCAAAGACUCAAGGAAACAAUUCUCAUCGUGUGA